GCGGAGCCCUGGAAGGCGCCGCCCGCAGACGCUCGGAACUACGGACCCGAGAGCUGCCCGGAGAGCGCCGGCGGCGGGAGCGGAGCGGGUCGCGCGGGGCCGAGCCGGGCCGGGGGCCGUGUGGGGGCCGGGCGGCGGCCGGGCCGGCGGGCGGCGGGAUGGGCUGCACGGUGAGCGCCGAGGACAAGGCGGCGGCCGAGCGCUCCAAGAUGAUCGACAAGAACCUGCGGGAAGACGGCGAGAAGGCGGCGCGGGAGGUGAAGUUGCUGCUGUUGGGUGCCGGGGAGUCGGGGAAGAGCACCAUCGUCAAGCAGAUGAAGAUCAUCCAUGAGGACGGCUACUCCGAGGACGAAUGCCGGCAGUACCGGGCGGUGGUCUACAGCAACACCAUCCAGUCCAUCAUGGCCAUCGUCAAAGCCAUGGGCAACCUGCAGAUCGACUUCGCCGACCCCUCCCGCACGGACGACGCCCGGCAGCUGUUUGCGCUGUCCUGCACGGCCGAGGAGCAGGGCGUGCUCCCCGAGGACCUGUCCGGCGUUAUCCGGAGGCUCUGGGCCGACCACGGCGUGCAGGCCUGCUUCAGCCGCUCCCGGGAGUACCAGCUCAACGACUCCGCCGCCUACUACCUGAACGACCUGGAGCGCAUCGCGCAGAGCGACUACAUCCCCACCCAGCAGGACGUGCUGCGGACCCGGGUGAAGACCACGGGCAUCGUGGAGACGCACUUCACCUUCAAGGACCUGCACUUCAAGAUGUUCGACGUGGGCGGCCAGCGGUCGGAGCGGAAGAAGUGGAUCCACUGCUUCGAGGGCGUGACGGCCAUCAUCUUCUGCGUGGCGCUGAGCGCCUACGACCUGGUGCUGGCGGAGGACGAGGAGAUGAACCGCAUGCACGAGAGCAUGAAGCUCUUCGACAGCAUCUGCAACAACAAGUGGUUCACGGACACGUCCAUCAUCCUCUUCCUCAACAAGAAGGACCUGUUCGAGGAGAAGAUCACGCACAGCCCCCUGACCAUCUGCUUCCCCGAGUACACAGGGGCCAACAAGUACGAGGAGGCAGCCGGCUACAUCCAGAGCAAGUUCGAGGACCUGAACAAGCGCAAGGACACCAAGGAGAUCUACACCCACUUCACGUGCGCCACCGACACCAAGAACGUCCAGUUCGUGUUCGACGCCGUCACCGACGUCAUCAUCAAGAACAACCUGAAGGACUGUGGCCUCUUCUGAGGGGCAGCCGACCUGGCAGGACGGGCCGUCGCCGAAUCUGCUCCCCCAGUUCCUGAGGAAGUUGGGGGCACGAGGACCACGCCCCCCACCUCCCUCCCCACCGCUUCCCCCCUCUCUCUGUUCUCGGCUCCCCGUUGCCUCCCUCAGCUCCCGAGACUUGGGGAAGGGGGUGCCACAGGCUUCCCCGUCUGAAGCCUGCCCUUGUCCCAGGUGCUGGGAACAGCUGGGGUGCCCCCUUCCUGGGCAUCUGUGCUGGGUGUAGCCCUUGUCCUGUCCUGUGAUGGGGGAGGGGAGCACAGCCAGCUGGGACCCCGCUUCACCCAGCCCCUGGC